CUUGUGGUUCGUGUCUUAUUGUUGUGGCAUUGUCCAAACGUUGGGAUCGGGGAGGAGAGAUCAUGCAGGUGAUGUAGGCGAGGUUCACUCUGCUCCCAGGCACCCAGCUGGAGAGUCACAGCACAGCGGAGGAGGAGGAGAAGAAGAAGUUGUAUAGAUGAUGAGAAGAAGUGAGAGGAAAGUCCAGUAGAGAGCAAAGAAGACCUUUUCAGCACAUAGCCAGAGCAUGGUAGCAUAAGCGCCCCAUGGAUUUAGUCGACCUCUACCUCCCUGAGUGCUUCACCUACCACCCGGACACACAAGAUCUGGGCAGGAUGUCCGUGAGGGUCCUGGACCCCACCUGUACCUCCUCCAUAAAGCGGGAGCCCUCCAGCCCCAGCUCCCAGGGAGAUGCCAGCCCGGCUCAGCCCAGUCCUGGGAGCUCUUCCUCGGACACCAACUGCAGCUACGGACCCCUCAUUAAGGGCCACAGUCACAGCAAUGAGCUGGACUCACCGGGUCUUUAUGGGCGCACACCGAGGUCGGCUCACAACGGAGGAACCAACAGGAGGUUUGUGGAGGAAGCCCAAGUGAAAUGUGAAUUCCUCCUGGGCUCCGUGGCCAAGCGUCUGUGUCUGGUGUGCGGCGACGUGGCGUCGGGCUACCACUAUGGCGUGGCCUCGUGCGAAGCCUGCAAGGCCUUCUUCAAAAGAACCAUCCAGGGUAACAUUGAGUACAGCUGCCCGGGGUCCAAUGAAUGUGAGAUCACCAAGCGGAGGAGGAAGUCGUGCCAGGCAUGUCGAUUUGUCAAGUGUUUGGCUGUGGGCAUGCUGAGGGAAGGUGUGCGCCUGGAUCGGGUCCGAGGCGGCCGCCAGAAGUACAAGCGAAGAAUGGACGCCGAGACCAGCCCGUAUGUCCACAUCCAGCACGUUUUGCCGCAGAAGAAAACAUUCGGGACGGGCGGGGACGACAAAGUGGUGUCCCUGCUCCUGCUGGCCGAGCCCGAAGCCAUCUUUGCCAUGCCGGACCCCACGGUGCCCGAGAGCGACAUCAAGGCUCUGACCACACUGUGCGACCUGGCCGACAGAGAGCUGGUGGUCAACAUCGGCUGGGCCAAGCAUGUACCAGGCUUCCCGUCGCUGUCGCUGGCGGACCAGAUGAGUCUCCUGCAGAGCGGCUGGAUGGAGAUCCUGAUCCUGCGCGUGGUCUUCCGCUCGCUGGCGCUGGAGGACAAGCUGGUCUACGCCGAGGACUACGUGAUGGACGAGGAGCGGUCCAAGAUGGCCGGCCUGCUCAACCUCAACAACGCAAUCCUGCAGCUGGUCAGGAAGUGCAAAGGCGUCGGGUUGGACAAGGAGGAGUUUGUGCUGCUCAAGGCCAUCGCGCUCGCUAACUCAGACUCGGUGCACAUCGAGGACCCUGAGGCGGUGCAGAGACUCCAGGACGUCCUCCACGGGGCCCUGCAGGACUACGAGGCCACCCGGCACCCGCAGGACCCUCGGCGGGCAGGCAAGCUGAUCAUGAGCCUUCCUCUCCUGCGCCAGACGGCUGCUCGCGCCGUGCAGCACUUCUGCGGCGUCAAACAAGAUGGCCGCGUGCCCAUGCACAAACUCUUCCUGGAGCUGCUGGAGGCUAAAGCCUGAGGGAGGAACGCCCCCCACCCCCCCGCGGUCAAGGAUGGAAGCGGCAUUGACUUCAUUGAGUUUUUUUUAUGUUUGAUGCCACAGGGAACUUGGCAACUCGCCCUCUUGUGAACAAUAACAGAAGGACGGCCUUUGAGGGACACAUGCCAAACAAACGCAAGAGCUUCUUUUCUGAUACUUGAACACCCUCGUACACCAUCUUGUCCUUCUGGAAGCCUCCUCAGAUGCAUUCUAUUCUAUUCUAUUUCUUCAUGGAGGGAAACUAUAGUGUCUCCUCCUCCUUUCAAGAAACCAGCAAACACAAUUAGAGAGGACAUUUUCAGGGAAAGAAACUACUAAAGCAACGUGAUAUUUAUUUGAAAAAUGUGUUCAUUUACCUGUGAAGGCUGGAUUCAACUUAACUUUUUUUUUUAAAAAUACACAAACUUGUCAGCACUGAGAGCGUCUCGUGUAAAUGGACUUGAAGAUCCAAAUGAACAUACAUCCGGUAUCUACAGUAGACCGCAGCGCUGUUAUUAGUACAAAACAGACCAUUGGAAAAGUCCCACAAAGUCUUUGUAUUUAUUUAGUAUAAUAUUUUAUUUUUAAAAUGAUUAAAAUGCAUUUUGCUCCUGUUGAAUCAUUUUUAAAUCAAAUUUUUAUUCUCAUUAUUUGAUGUUUUUAAAAUAAAAUAAUUCUAAUUAAUCAUGCAAAAUAUAAGUAAUAAUGUCUCCCAAUAUCUCUAAAAUAAUUCCAUGUUUUGGCUGAAAAAUGUGAGCAUUGUAAUAAUACAAAAAAAAACAACCUAAUUGCAUACAAAUAUUUUACAACAAAAAAGAGCAAAACGUCCAAUUGUAAUAAAGUUCUUGAAUUAGUGUCCAAUAUGAGCUGGAAAGUCCUUUCUACGGUAGACAUUCACGUGCACUACUUUUCCUCGUAGCCGUUAUGAAACUUUAUUUUUUUUUGUUUUUUUGCUAGUGUGUCUGCUGCAGUGUGCUUUGUGUGCAGAAUCAUGGCAAAUCUCACGGAAUGAAGGAUUCGUGCGUCGUUUGAUGAAAAACAUAAUGCUACUUACUUUUCCGUCAUGUCUGAAGUGUUUGUUUCUCAGGUGCACAUUUGGGCAGCAAUAAAGAAGUGUCUCCUCCACUCACCGCGUUGUCUUUCCUCACAACAAGAAGGUGAUGGAAAAUGGAGAAUUGAGAGCUAUAGAGCCGCAUGACAAAGGCCCGUCAAAGCCCAGUAGGAUACAUUUUUUAUAAUGAAUGGCCGCCUAAGGGAGUCUGCAGGGAGUGACGGUCAUCAGACGCCGCUGACGCCGCUUCAUCAUCCAAGAGAGAACUCCACUUCUAAAGAUUGAAGUGACUGGAUCAUCCGUUUAAUAAAAGAAUGUGUCAUCUGUUCGAUAAAAGAAUGUAUAAGAUAUGUGUAAUGACGGUGGCCGGAACCUGGUGGUGCUGUGAUGCAACUGAAGCGAAGCCAUUUUCAGUGCAACAAAGAAGGCUCGCAGCAGCCGCUUUAUUGUGACAUCUUGUGGUCACAUUGUGUUACUGCAUUGCACAGCGUACAUACUUUGUACAUACUCGCUUUUAGGAUCGUUAGCGUUUACAUUUCACUGGGAUUUUCCUUAAAAAC